AUGAAGCCCAACCCAUUGACCUUGAUUACCUUUGGCCAUCAGAGUGGGCUCACACUGGGCAGGCAGUACAUUUCCAUUGCCACUGCUUUUACCGUUUACAAGGUUUUCUGCAAGAUGAACGUGGAUACCUAGGACCCUUGCCUAGUUGCUAUUCCUUCCAUUUACUUGGCUGGCAAAGUAGAGGAGUUACAAUCAUUAAUGUGUCCAACAAGUAUUAACAUACUGGGUGAGGUACUUUAUCCAGAGCUGGAUGAUGGCUUCUGGGAACUUGGGAGCAUUGUGCAGUGUGACCUUCUCAUGCUGAGAAAUUUGCACUUUCAGGUUUUCUUUCAGCAUCCACACAAGGUGUCAGUGUGCUGGACGCCGGGAACUGUUCCUAGUGGCUUUAACUGGGUUUUUGCUCUAUAG